CCAAGCUAACAAGCUAGCAGAGCAAAGAUAACUUAUCUCAAACUAACCUGCUCCUCUUCACAAACAAGUCAGCUCUGAGGGACUCUCAGAAUGGAUUUAGAGGACGACACUACCGUGUUAACAACCCUGAAGUCCUUCAAUUCGUUCAUCAGCCGCCCUGAACAUCCACAGCGGCCGUCAGAUCACUCAGCAGGGAGUGGAAACCUGCAGACACAGUACAAACGCAGUAUGGAGCUGUUGGAAGCAGCAGACAGGGUUCACUCAAAGAAUCGCUACCUUCAGUUGGACCAGGAGAAGAAGCAGAUGGAGCUGAGUCACAAGCGAGCUCGAUUUGAACUAGAGAAGGUUGCUUCUGACAGCGCACGAGACUUGGAGCAUGAGGUUGACCGGAACCAGGAACUCUUGGGACGAAUUAAGAAGUUGGAGGAGAGGGAGACUGAGGCAGCUAAGAAGCUAUCAGAACAGGUGGAGGCGAAUUGUGCUCUGCGUAAGAACCUGGGGGGCCUGAACAAGAAACUGGAGGAGCGAGAUUCUAGACUUAGCACCUCUAACCAGGCCAUCAGUUCUUUGAAGGAUGAGAUCAGAGAGCUGAAACAGAAGACUCAAAACAAAGACUCGACAAUUUCUACUCAAACCCUGGAAAACCAGGAACUGCAGGAACAGCUCGAUUUACAACGCAGGAAGUAUCAGGAAGUCUCUCAGCUUUGCCAAAGUCUCCAAGCUGCCCAAACCUCCUGCUCAGAGCACAUCAUCAAGAUUAAGGAGUUGGAGACGCGUCUUGCCUUCCAGGAGCAAGACAUCGCCAUUGUGAAGACUGUUAAGUCAGAGGUGGCCAGGGUUCCAGAUCUGGAGAAAGAGUUGAAGCGUCUCAGAGAUGAUAAUGCCUUUCUCAGGGAGAGCAGAGAGAAUUGCAGUUUGCUGAAAGAGGAGGUAGAGGGGCUGAGGAGGAAGCUGGAGAGGAUGGAGAAAACCAAAGAAGAAUUGGUCAAUAUGGAACUGGAGAAAGAGAGGCUGGCUGAGAAGCUUCAAUCCUGGGAGAACCUCGGGCAAUCUACUGGACUUAACAUAAGGAAACCAGAGGAUCUGUCCAGGGAGGUGAUUCAGAUCCAGCAGAGAGAAAUUGCUCUGAAAGAGCAGAACUACACACUCAACAGCCGUGUGAGGAGUGUGGAGCGCUUACAGGCCGAGCUCCGUGCAGAGGUGUCCCAGCAGCGCAGCAAGACUCUGGAGGAGCAGAAGAAGAGGGAGAUGCAGGAUGCUCUGGUCCGUCGACUACAGAAGAGAGUAUUGCUAUUAACAAAGGAGCGUGAUGGAAUGCGGGCUAUACUAGAGUCCUAUGACAGCGAGCUGGCGCCUACCGAGUACUCUCCUCAACUCAGCAAACGACUCAGAGAGGCAGAGGACAUACUGCAGAAGACGCAGAACCACAAUGCGGAGAUGGAGUCCCAGCUGACCAAAGCACAAGAAGAGACAGGGACGCUCAAACUGCAGCUACAAACGGUGGAGCUGGAGAUGGAGGCUCUAAAGAAGCAGCAGGCCUCCGCUGCUGACAGCAGCUCUUUAGCCACCAAAGAAGAGGUCAGCAUACUCAGACAAAAAAUUGAAGAUUUAGAGGCAGAGCGGCAGCGUUUGGAGGAGCAGAACAAUAUCCUGGAGAUGAGACUGGAGAGAAACAAUCUACAGGGAGACUAUGAUCCAGUCAAAACCAGAGUUCUUCACCUCAAAAUGAACCCCACUUCUGUUGCCAAGCAACAGCGCCAGCAGGAAGUGGAAUCUCUCCGGGAGGAAGUGACGCAUCUCAGGGAGCUUGUGCGCUCGCUGCAGGAUGGAGGCGCUCUGGUCCACUCUCAGGACGACUCCAGCAUGCACAGCUCCAGCCUCGGCCUCAGUUUGCCGCCAUCGAAGGAGGUGCAAGAUUUACGUAAGCAGAUGGAGAGCUCUGAGCUCAGGAACCAGAGACUGAAGGAGGUGUUUCAGAGAAAAAUCCAGGAGUUCCGUACAGUCUGCUACGUCCUGACCGGCUAUCAGAUCGAUAUCACCACUGAGAACCAAUACAGGCUCACCUCGGUGUACGCAGAGCACAUGGACGACUCCCUGCUCUUCAAAAAGGGCUCCAAUGGAAGCAUGCAGCUCAUGGAGACAGAGUUCUCCAAAACUCUGGGAGAGAUGGUGGCCCUUCAUCUGCAUCACCAGAAGAGCAUCCCAGCAUUCCUCUCUGCGGUGACCCUUGACCUCUUCAGCAGACAAACCACCAUCUGAAGUAAUCCGACACAGACUCAGACACGGGGGCUGUAAAAUCUAAAAUUGGGAUUAGUUUGAUUUUAAUUGUAUAUUUUUUUUUUUGUUCCCUUCCUUUUCUCCUGUCUCAUAAGAUAUUCACAAAGUGCUGAAAAUGUCCCGCUACUCAACAGCUCUGACAUAUGAGUAGUGCAGUCAGUGCCGUGUUGUGGAGGACGAACACUUUGUUUGAAGGAAUACUUCCAUCUUGCAUUCAAAAGGCUUCGAAAACCUAUUUGUACACUGAAUAUUUCAUCAAUGAGUCUUUGAGAAAUACAUUUUUUCCUAACAGGGACAAAGUUGUCAUGAAAAUGUCACACAAAAGCCGCUGAUAUUUGGAUGUGGAGCGUGUUUUUAUAGUGGGAGUUUAAUGUACACUUCCCACUGAGUUUAAUACACACUGUGUGGAGCAUUAGAAACAUUUGUGUGGCUCUGUGGAUCUGCAGUAGAUGUGUUCUGUGUGGUCUUUACCAAGGCUGAGUCUUUGUUGACUCUUUUAUUCUGCCUUUUGUGUCCUCUCUCUAGGGGCAUUAUAUAAAAGGUUGUGGCUACAACUAGUCUGAGUCAAUCCAAAGACUGCUGAAGAAAUCCAUUUUAAUACAAGAGCAGUGGCUUUUAUUAUUAUUUUUCAGUCUUAUUUCUCAUUCGUGUUCUCAGAUAUAUAUCAAAAUCUUAAGUGAGUUUUCAUCAGUGUCUGAUUUUAGUUAUGCCACAGAUAUUGUCUCUCGCUUCUCUCUCUCUCUCUCUCUCUGGAUCUUUUGUAAGAAGAAUCAGUGAGGGACAAGGUGAAACAUUUCAGAGGAAAAUACAGAGACUUGACUUCCUCCGACCACAUUCAAAGUUCACACUUACCGCUUCAACGUUAGAAAAAAAAAAUGUAAUAUUUGAUCUGUAAUAAUCUCACUAAAUUUCACAGUAAGUGCAACAGGCUGUGCUGUGUUCUCAAACAGGGAGCGCUUGUCUAUUGCUGUCAGGUCUCUCAUUGUUCUCUCUUAACAACAAAAUGGAGAAAACUGAACAAACAAUCAUGGCACAAAACCGUUUGAACAGUAAUGUGAUGAAUCAUUUUGAAUAUCAUAGACAGAGCAAUCAUGCGUUUUCAUUUUAUAAAUGCGAGUGCUUUACAGGGAGAUGACCACAACAAGAAAUCUGAAUCCCCUGUUACAUCGUCACUCAACUGAGGCGGUGGAGUCUCUGUGAAUACAGGAAAACAUUUUUUACAACACGGUGUUUAGGAUAAGGCUGUGUGGGUUG